UACUUCUUUCUAGGUGACAACCCUCUCGUCAGCUGUUUGGUUAUGUGAAUUCACUUAUUUUCUUCUUUUUGCUGAAUAAUUUGAAUAAAUAAUGCUACACAUAACAAAAUUCUGCCUGGCUACAUCAGCCUCAAUCACAGCACAACGAGGUAUUGCACUUACAACCACCCGCUCCAUCGAUCAAAAGUGGCGUGCAGGUAAGGGACUUCCGGAAAAUCCGAAUUCCUUUGGCCCACUCACCAAUUUGCCUGACUUUACAUACCUUGAUGGCAGACCCACACCUUUAGGAGCCAACCAAAAGAGACGCUUGCUGAAGCAACAAGAGAUCGCCUCUAGGAUCGUGGAGCUAAGUGGGGAACUGGACUUUGCCAAGCAGCGCCAUGAACGCCUUAAGGUGGCUGCCGAAUCGGAGAAACAGCGUCUCAUCCAAAACAAACUGAAGCCCAAGGGCCACCUGCUGCUCAAGCAGAAGAAGUAGCUCCUAAUCUUAGCUUGUAUAAGUAAUCUUAAGUCGCUUAGUGAAUGGAGAUAAAAUUAUACGAUGAUCUUGUGACGUGAA